AUGGUUCGGUUUCCCACAUGCAUUACUUGUCUCGCCUGUAAAAAUCUACAGGUAUGGCGUCACGGUGUGAAAAUUCUGUCCAUCAUCGCCGAAGACGACGUUGCCCUGCCGUCAUCGGUAUACAAGGAGAUGGAGAUGAAGAUCCCCGUGGACAAGAGGCAUACGAUCCAGAGCGUGUUCUAUCCUGGAGCGGGCCAUCUGAUUGAACCACCUUAUACACCUUUAUGUCGGGCUUGCUACCUGGACGAACAGUUUGGCGUUGAACCAAUCGGCCUUUUCUGGGCCAUGGUUCCAUCUGCUAAACACAGAAAACCCACACGUCUGUUGAAGAAAGAUGUCACAGUUCCAUUUGACAUAACGAUAUCAGCAUGGUUAAAUCAUGUUCACUUGAAAUCCAUCGGGUCAUCGAGUAACUCUCCAGGUGUGAUUGCUGCAACACAAGUGAAACGAUGGUACCUGCAGGAGGGAGUGCAAAGGAUACCUGAUGUUGCUGAAUUGCUGAGUCAGCACCCUCAAGCGUCUGACGGUGGCAUUGGCGUCAUAGGUACAUCUUUCGGAGGAGCAGUUGCGAAUAUGCUUGCCUCUUUCUGUCGAAAGAUAUGGCGUCAAGACGUGAAGAUCCUCUCGCUUGUUGGAGAAGAUGACAGAACAGUUUCCCCCAUGCUGUACAGAGAGCUGAUAAAGAAGGUCCCUGGGGACAAAGUACGCAACAUCCAGACUAUAUACUACCCAGGGGCUGGUCACAUCAUAGAGCCCCCUUAUGUGCCCCUGUGUAGGGAACACUAUUUGGACAACAAAUCUGAAAAGCUCUUUCUAUUUGGUGGAGAGAUGAAAGGAAAUGCUGUAGCCCAAGAAGACUCCUGGAGGAGAAUCCUAGAACAUUUCAACAAAUUCCUGGCGAAGAGGAAUACAGAUGGAAACAAUGUUGUCUCAUGA